UAUUUAUUUCCAAAGUAAAUAAUAAGUAUCUUUGACAUCCAGACAAUUGCAUUAGUUUACGAACAAAUUUUAAAUUAUAUUUCACCGUUUAUCAUUAUCAUCAACUGGAAAAAAUAAUAAGUGAACUCUAUUGGAUUCGUAAUAUUUUUGUAUAGUUUAUGAUUGAACCCAACAUUCCCGUAAAAAUAAAUUCAAUUCGAAUUUUUCACAUAAGCCAAAUGAAUUAAUGAUCAGUCAUAAUGAAAUAAAAAAAAAUAAAACUUGAAUUAAUUUGAAUACAAUAGAUCACAAACACUAUUUUGAUUAGUUGUGUUUAACUGAUAAAAUCUUCCCAUUAUCCAAAUAUCAUCUGUUUUGUUCAGUUUUCAUGCAAGACUACAUCUAUAUAGAUGUGAUUGAAAUAAUGUUUAUGAUAUUUUCAUCCCUUCUGUUGAGGAAAAUUGAUCACAUUUUUGAUAUGCUACGAUCAUCCAGUUGAUAAUUUAAAGAUAUGUGUUAUCAAAUGUGGAUAUUAUAUUAUUUCAUAUGGAUAAACAUUUUAUAUUUUCAGAUUGAAGCUUCCGAAAUUACUAUAUUAUCUCCAAAAGAGGCAGAAAUACUUCGAGAGAAAGUAAAACGUGAAUGUGAACUUAAUCGGACAAUAGACGAAGAAUCGAAAAUUUAUUCCCAAACAGAAUAUUGUCUUACAGAAUUCGAUUCAGUAUCAUGCUGGCCACGGACAAAAGGUGGAACAAUCGCUAAAAUACCAUGUCCAUCACAUGUUCCAGGCGUUAAAAUCACUGGCAUUGUUUAUCGUCCAUGUAAUUCAACUAUGCAAACAUAUGAUUCCAAUGGUCGACAAACAAUUGUUUGGAAAUUCGAUAGAUCCAACUACAGCGACUGUGUACAUCAAGAGGACAUUAUGGCUAUACAUUUGCCUAUUAUACAAACAUCUGUGUUUUAUGGUUACGCGAUCUCUAUGGUUUUAUUACUAAUAGCAACAGGAAUUAUUUUACGGUUUCGGAAUUUAUACGUUGAAAAUAAUGAUCGUAAUACUUACUAUAUUUUACAAACUACUGUGGUAAUUUGCAAAAUAUUCACAACUCUUCAUGUGUUUACAAUUGAAGCCACUUAUUCUUGGGUACUUAUGGAAGCGCUUUAUCUUCACAACAGUGUUCUCGUUCAUGUAAUGCAUGAAAGUAGGACAUCGUUUGUUCUUUAUGCUUCUGUUGGAUGGUCUCUGCCAAUAUUGGUCAUUAUUGCUUGGGUUUUAUUGAGAAUAUUUGUGACAACAGGUGAUCAAUGCUGGGAUUUAGAUAUAGGCGCUGGUAGUCCUAGUAGGAUACUUUUAAUUGUUUAUCCAGCAAUAAUUAUGUUGUGUAACUUGGCAUUUUUUGUCAAUCUAUUACGUGUGAUAUUUAACAAAACACAAUCACAACCAAUGAGUGAAGCUAAACGUUUAAGGACACUACUUAAAUCUACUUCAGUGCUUGUUCUUGUUUUUGGUCUAUAUCAUUUAUUUUUAAUACCAUUAAAUUUAAUGCAAAUUAAUACACAUACCAAUGGACCUGGCUUACUGGAAAUUAUUAAACUUUAUUAUGAACAAAUAAUGGAAGCUUUUCAGGGUUCGUUUGUUGCUAUCCUACUUUGUUUUAUCAAUAAAGAGGUUAUCGCUGAAUUCAAACGUAUAUAUCGACGUAAAAAAUAUCUUCAUAGUAAUACAGAAAAUCGGCGUCAAAGUGUUUGGCUUAAUAAUCAAGAUGUAGUAUAUGAAUCUAGUGAACAACAGAUGGAUAUUAAGCCGGUACUUAAAUUAUCAAAUAACUCAUCUUUAAUUAUAAAACACAAACCAUUUACAGAUAGAUUUCAUAAAUUAAUGAGACAUCGAUCAAAAAAUGAAUUUCGAAGACCGUCUGGUAUUAGAAGGCCAUCACCACUUUGUCGAAGUAGUGCGACCACAACAGAAUAAGACUCUUUAAGAAAGAUUGACUACCUGAAUCAUCUUCAGCUGAUUUUGCAUAAACUCUUACAAAUGUUGAUAAUGCUUGUCCUUCAGGAUAUUUUAAAAUGUUGAUCUCCUGAUAUUAGGACAAGACCAACUUUCUUUCUAUACAAGACUAGUUGACCAGAGAGAGAGAAAGGUCUAUUGUUCAACUGAUCUAGAUGAAAAGGAUCUGCUUCCUCCUAAUAGGUUAAAACAUUUGGAUAUCAAUGGAUGUACGUUUGCUUGGAAUACUUAUGAAGAGGAACAUACGUUUUUAAUGUAGAAUCAAGGGCAAUCCAAAUGAAUGACAUUAUUUGGUUAUAAAUAUUUUUUAUUUUGUUAAAAAACACAUUAUUUUUUGCUAAUUUCUUUGUUGUACAAAAGAUGAUUUCUUGAAAAAAAUCCUAACAAAUAAAUAAUUAGAAUUGUAUUAUUUUGAUAUUGAAAAAUAACAAACAUACGAC